UGCCAAGAGGCCCUCUGUAGGGGUACGGGUUCUAUGCGACCCGCCAAGUAGGGUUCGUUGCCAUGGACUUCUGAACGUGUCUUAUUUGAGGCGACGGCCAGCACAUAGCAUGGUGGCAACGUGUUGACUGACACUGCCCAUCCCCCCUUCUCAUCCUCCUUCCCCGUUGCGGGCGGGCCGAAUCUGUUGACGCGCGUUUGUUAUUGUGGAGGUUGUUCAUGGUGUUCCACGUAAAUCAUGCAAGCCGCAGUCCGCUUCUGACGAUUUUGUCAUUAUCCCUAGAGUCCGGCGCCUCCACCUGACAAAGCAUCAUGGCCACCUUCGCCGAUGACCACAAGAUCUCGGACCUCGUGGCCAAGACGCCUGCUGGAUGGUUUUCCUUCGAGUACUUCCCGCCCAAGACGGCCGAGGGUGUCGAGAAUCUGAAGAAGAGGAUUGUGCGCAUGAAGGGGCUCGGCCCGUUGUUCACGGAUGUGAGCUGCGGCCGCCCUGGCCCUAGCCAGUGCCCUUGGCAGCAGGACUUCACCUGGGGUGCCGGCGGCUCCACCUCGGAGCUCACGCUGCAGCUGACCAGCGCCGCCAAGAACGAGUUUGGAACCGUUGCCAACAUGCACCUCACCUGCACGAACCAGAAGGUCGAGAUGGCGGGCGACGCCUUGGCUGAUUGCAAGAAGGUCGGCGUCCGCAACAUCGUGGCGCUGCGGGGCGACCCGCCCCGCGGCCAGGAGCAGUGGACCGCCACCGAGGGCGGCUUCAACUGCGCGCUGGACCUUGUGAAGUACAUGCGCGAGAAGCACGGCGAUUACUUCUGCAUUUCGGUGGCCGGCUACCCUGAGGGCCACCCCGAUGCCAUCUCCGUGGUGGAGGGCGGCCUUGCGUCCCUGUCGCCAAGCGAGAAGCGCCGCGCCCGCGUGGCCCCCGACGGCGUCGUGACCGUGGCCCGCGACGCCGACUUCGAGAAGGAGAUGGCCUACCUCAAGGAGAAGUGCGACGCGGGCGCAGACUUCAUCAUCACCCAGAUGUUUCUGGACGCUCAGGUCCGCGACGGGCACUCAGGGAGGCCUUCCAGUAUCCUCGCUCCUCCCUGCUCCUCCCCCCCUGUCCUCCCUCCUCCCUCUUUCCCUCGAUCCUCCUUCCCUCCGCUCCUUGCCCGCGCAGGACCGGGGAGAGGACUGAGGCGGGCCAGCAGGCAGCAGCAUAGGGGGGAGGCGGUCGGCGUGUCCCCCCGUCGGGCUCUGAGCAGCUCGGGGGAAGGGGAGGGGGACGAGGAGGCCGAGGAAGAUGGGGCGGGGCCCUGGCUGCGUCGCUGGGCCCGCCGACCCUGCCGGGCAAGCGGCCCCGUGUGA